AUGGCCACAUUCUCUCAUGCUCGUAUCUCCAUUCCAGCCUUCAUCUUCGUCAGUCUCGUCCUUUUCAUUCUUCAUCGGAUCUACUCUGCGUUCUCCACCGCGGCGCGUCGCCGUCGCAUGAUCCGCGAGCAUGGCUGUGAGCCGAUCCACGGCUACGCCCAUCGAGGCGUCCUGGGCAAACUGCUCGGCCUGGACGUGAUCCAAGCCAGCAUGGCGGCAGGCAGAGAGGGUCGAUCGCAAGAAGCGUCGCGUAUCAGGAACUGGGGCGAUGGACAUCACACGGUGAAGAUGCACAUUUUGCGGAACAAAAUCAUUGGGACCAUCGAGCCCAAGAACGUGCAGACCAUCCUGUCGACCAGGUUCGGCGACUACUCUCUCGGGCAGCGCCGGAAGGCAGUCUUCAUCCCCAUCUUCGGCCACGGCAUCUUCUCCACGGACGGCGAGGCCUGGGAGCGGUCGCGCGGCCUGGUGCGGCCCAACUUCACCCGCCAGCAAGUGGCGGACCUGGACAUGCUGGAAACCCACGUCGGCAACUUGAUCGGCGCGGUUCCGCGCGACGGCAGCACCGUCGAUCUCCAGGACCUGUUCUUCGGCUUGACCAUGGACUCGGCCACCGAGUUCCUCUUCGGACAGUCGACCCGGACGCUGGCGCCGGGCCUGGAGACCAAAUCGGCAAAUGACUUUGUCAAGGCCUUUGUCUAUGUCACCGAGAAUGCCUCCAAAAGUUUCAGAACCGGCGGGCUGCUGGAUUACAUCCCAGACCGCAGGUGGCGCAGGAGUGUCAAGACCAUCCACAACUUCGCCGACCAGAUCAUCCGCGACGCCCUGGAACAUGUCGAGAUCGAGAAACCGUCGCCGACCGGCCGCUAUGUCUUUCUCCACGCUCUGCUGAAACAGACGCGAGAUCCCUACACGCUUCGCUCGGAGUUGCUCAACAUCCUGCUCGCCGGACGCGACACUACGGCAGGCCUGUUGUCGAACACGUGGCACGUCCUUUCGAAACGGCCGGAUCUCUGGGCGACGUUGAGAGACGAGGUCGACCGGCUCGGCGGCGCGCGGCCGGACUACAGCACAAUCAAGGAGAUGAAAUACCUGAAAUGGCUACUGAAUGAGUCGCUCCGUCUCAUGCCUGUCGUGCCGGGCAACAGUCGCGAGGCGGUCAGAGACACAAUCCUUCCUCUAGGAGGUGGUCCCGACGGCAGGUCCCCGGCUCUUGUGCGCAAGGGCGAGAUCGUGGCCUACAGUCCGUGGGCGAUGCACCGUCGAGAAGACUUCUACGGACCCGACGCCCUCGAAUUCAAGCCGGAGAGAUGGGAAACCCUGCGGCCGGGUUGGGAGUAUCUCCCGUUCAAUGGCGGUCCGCGGAUCUGUGUCGGCCAGCAGUAUGCUCUGCUCGAAGCCAGCUAUGCUACCAUCAGACUGGUGCAGACGUUUCCCAGGAUCGAGAGCCGAGAUGCUCGCGAGUGGCGCGAACGCGUGACCAUCACGUUGUCCAGCGGCGUGGGAUGCAAGGUGGCUUUGUUUGAGAAGUGA